AUGCCUCUAGGAAAUGAUGUUAGCGGUACAGAAAAGAAAGGCCCAACAGAAGAAGUUGAUGAUGAAUUCGUUUGUGACUCUGAUGAGCUACUUCCUUUUUACACAUACAGGGAUUUAUAUCUUCGUCCCAUUCACAAAGUUAGAAUACAGGUGGAUCUUCCCAAGCUACGACAGUUGGGACAAUCAAUUUCUAAUUGGGAAAUUAGAGAACGACUAAAGAAAAUGCUUGGAAAAGUUGAGUUAUCCGAUUUCAAAGUGCAAGAAAGUACUCUGGAAGAAGUGGUUUUUGUGGCUACUGUUAAUACUGGCGUCAACGCAAAAACUGCAAUUAGUCUUUUGAAUGGCAUUACCUUCCGAGCUAUUGGCUUCACAGAGCCACUAUCGGUUAAAGCAGAAUGUGCCAAACCCGAUUUUCCAACACGAAUUGAUUGGGAUGCGUUCUUUGCGUCAAACAAAAAUUUGGAUGAAAAAGAACCAGGAGAACGGCCAGAUACAGUUUAUAUAAGUGGAUUGCCAUUCGACUGGUUCAAGGACCCAAUUGAAGGCUCUACUGAAAACACUUUCAAACACAUUUUUGCCGAAUAUGGAGAAGUUAUUUGUGUGGACAUUCCUCAAUGCGAUCCAAUACGAAAGGAGAUGGACCAGGAAAUUUCAGGGAUUCAGCUUUCUUCUUGGCUACUUGGACAAGAUCCAUUCUUUGAAGUUUAUAUUCAAUUUCGAGAAUAUGUUAGUUUUGCACAAGCUAUGGCUUUUCUUGGAGGUAAAAAUUUGGUACAGAAAAAUCCAAAUGGAGAAAUUCGAGAAGCUAAAAUUAGGGUUGAUUUUGAUCGGACAUCUCAUUUGAGUAUUAGAAAGAUUACUCAACGAAAAUUGCGUCGAAUGUGCCUUGAAUACGAGCGAGAUAAACAAGAACAAAAGAAAAUGGAUGAAAGCAAAAGGCUAGAGGAAAUGAUUAGAGAAGAGAAGGAAAAACGAGAUAGAGACGAACGUGAACGUGUUAUGCGUGCCUUACUUAGGGCUGAGAGAAGACAACGAAUGAGAGAGAAACGAGAUUUUGAACAAUUACUGCGAAAAAAAUUAAAACAUCGACUUACUCAUAAAUUGGAAAAGAUUUGGAAGGAACGUCAAAAAGGAGCAAAAGCACUUCUUCGACAUGAAAAACAACAAUUAGAAAAACAACGUUUAGAGGAACAAAAAGCUUUAGAAGCACCAAUUCAUGAACUAGCAUCUGCCUUUGUUCGUGAACAAGGACUUCCAAUGGAAGAAGAAAUACGUCAAAGAAUAUUGCGAAAACAAGAAUUAAAGAUGAGAACAAGGAUAACAAGUCGAAUGAUAACUGAAUGUGCAGCAGAAACAAAAAGAAAAGGUUAUAAAAGGAGUCAAAUGAAAAUAGUUUUUGAAAGAUGA